UCGAUCCCUCUUUUCGUUUCUUUUUGAAAAUUGACCGAAACUUCGUGUUUUGUCGUUGACUUUGCGUUACUUAUGUCCGAAUUCAAAGGAAAAAUGGAGGAUCAUUUUAAAUUUGGCGGAAUUGCAAACAGACGGAGAGGGCUGCAAUUAUUGGCGAUAUUUAUUUCAUUUAGUUCAACCAUAGCGACAACUGGUUUUCGAACAUCGGAACUGCAGUUCAGUACGAAAUAUAACGUAACCGUACCGACAGCGUUCUUUACCCAGAUCAGCCUGGAAAAGUGUUGGGAAGAGUGUACAGCAAGGGUGGCCUGUCGGGCCUUUAACUAUUACAAUCUUUACAAACUCUGUGAGCUGGACAUUCUUGGGAAUUUGACUGAUGUAUCUACCAGUGAACCAUUUGAAGAAAACGGGGUUGUAUAUUGGGCAAAGCAGGAACUUUUGGCCACCAUACCCUGUGGAUCAAAAACGUGCAGUUUGGGACAGAGAUGCGACAAGGAUACAGGAGCAUGCGAAAUAAAAGAAUGUGGACCGCUCAACGUUUCGGAUGACAUAGUCGUUCAUGGCAAUGUGAACAGGAUCGGCAGCUGGAUUCGUCUUGACUGUAAAGACGACUACGUCCCGUCUCUCACUAUCGAAUGUGGCUUGGAUGGCCAUUGGACAAAAAAUGACGUGACUUGCAAGAGAUGUGAGGCUGAUUGGACCCUGUUCCAAACUUCAUGCUACAGACUCUUCUCCAGGGAUGUCAAAUAUGAAGCAGCAAAGAGCAAUUGUGAACUGGUCGGUGCUAAACUAGUUUCAAUUACCAGCUCCACUGAAAACGACUUUAUACAAAGUACGUUCUCUCCUUGGUAUUGGAUUGGAGCCAAUGAUAAAGAAUCUGAGGGAUCAUGGAAAUGGGAAACCAACGAAACGUGGUCAUAUGAAAAUUUCUUUCAAGACGAAACUAAAGGGGAUACUAAUGAAAACUGCCUGAUCAUGACAAGCGAAGGUUGGGAUGAUAUUGAUUGCAACGGGAAUUUAAAAUACGUAUGUGAAAAAAGGCAUAGACUGAACAUGUGUAGAUCCUAAACAGACUAAACAAUAUUAAAGUCAUAUACUAUUUGAAUGAAUAUUAUAUAUCUAUUUAGUUAAACUGAUUUAAAAUUUCUAUGUUAUUAUUUCAGUAGAAGCUUACUUAUUUUCGUCUUUUAAGUUGAAAAUUUAAACAAAAGUGUUAAACAUUGUGCAUUAAAUACAGAUCAAUUAUGUUGUACUCUUAAGAUAACAGCCUUCAGCCAGUGAAACGGCUCAUAGACAUCUAUCAAAAACUACGUUUAAUCUUUAAGAGUUCCAACGUUCAGCGGGCUUUUCAAAUUAGCUUUGUCAGAUUCUGUGUAAGCGUUACCAUACUUGGAAAUUACUUUCCUGUCUGUUAAAGUUUCUGCCCGUUCAAAACACGUUGACUUGUCGUAAUGUACAUUGUUUCGUUUACAUUUAUUAAGAAUAUAUUUAUUUGUGUUUUCUUUCAAGCCCUUGCGAUCCAAAUGAUGUUAACGACAUUUAACGGUAUCAAAAGUGUUUUGUUAAUACGCUUGUUAAUUGCGAAUGAUUUUUUAGGUGGUAUAUGGUUUAAAUUUACAUUCAAAACUGAGUGCAGGAUUACAACAUUCUGGAAAAACGACGCAACGACUGAUUUGUAAUUGUAAAUCCAAGAUAAUUGAUUGUCUAAUAUUUUGUAUCUAAAAGUCGAUGUUUAACGCCUUGUAUACCGCAAUGAAAUCGAGCUUUUGCAAAAAAACGUUUUUGACAUGCUUCAUUGUUUAAACUGUUGUUUAAGUACAACAUUAUUUGCAGUCCUUUCAAUUAAGUUGGCUACAGUUAAUACAGAUGCAAUGCAACAUAAUUAAACACUCCCGACUAUUCGAACAUCACACACCUACCAACAGGCCCCAAAUUCUCUUAAGGUCUGAAGCACUACAAGCAUAAGUAGUUUAUUUCAUUAUUUUAACUAAUAAAAAUAGUUUAUCGUUCAUCGUGGUGAUUAUCAUAAGGAUAAUGUCCAAAAGAUCUUACAAAAAAGUUAUAACAGAAGGUAUACACAAAACAAAAUUAAUGAGAUUAUCUUAAUCAUGUCAUAAGUUGUUUAAGGUGUUUCGAGACGUUGGGGGUAGUAUAAUUGUAAAUGGGGAUACACCAACUUAAGAUUCAUCUUGGAUACGUUUUUUUCGCCUUGGCAUAUUAUUAUUCUUUUCUUGCGGAACGUAAACAUGCACUAUUAUUAGUAACGAUACAUGUAUGCACUAAACAACGCUUUAUUAUUAAACAAGGCGACAUGCUGAACCCAUUUGUCCUGGUCAAGGUCACAAAACCAAAAUUCGGUGUUUUUUAAAUGAGUAUUUCAAUUACUUCCGACCUUCCUGUCCGAAGAACAUUUUUUGAGAAAUAUUUGUUAUACUGCAUGUUCACUCACCAAGAAGGCAUAACACACAAAUAAUAUUUUUCAAACCGCUAUCGGCCAAUGGUAUUGCCAUUGAACAUAUGUUAUUAUUGCCAGAUAUAUGGUCAUACUUGUUUGUGGGGAUUUAUUUGUAAUUUGAAUUGUGUUUAACAUUAACUCCUUAAUAAUUUUUGGAAUUGUGAUAGUACUCAUGGUAUUAACAUUAAAUUACUUAUAAUUCCACUAGUCCUUCGCCCACAAGGAAAACGGUUUGGUGUAUGUGGGCAGAACCCCCUUGGCUUCAGGUUAAGAUUACAGCUUGAUCAUCCGAUUCGCUGCAUAAUUCGAUAUUCAUACCCCAAACCGUUGUAGAAGCACGUCAAGUAAUUUCAAGGUUAAGCACGUGGUUCGUGUUAAAUGUAACUAAUUUAUUUUCGUUCGAACGUGAAGAAAGCUCUUGGCUGAUAUGAAUCACCCUCGAGGUAGUUUAUCGUUAAGAAACCAACACGGGUGUUUAUUUUGAGAGGCAAAAAUAAUGUGCACCUAAGUUGAGGCUCAAACACACGACCUGUUCGACCACUCUCAUCCUCUUAGGAGAGGAAUUUAGUCUGGAAAUUGAUGUCCGCACAAUAUCUCUUACAUCAAUCGAACAAUGUCACUUGCUUUUCUUUUCUGUGAUUGUAAUAUAACAUGUAUUACGAAUUAAACGAACUAAUUUUACAGAAUGUGUGUACGUAUUUUGAGUUAUACUGAUGUUUGUAUUUUUUAUGUCGUACUUCUUGAUUGUGACAUACACCAUAAUUUAUACAUUUAGAAACGUUAACAUAUAUUUAUAGAUGCAUAAUCAUUUAAAUAAUUUAUCUGGGACGGUAUUCAAUAGUGUUCAAAAACUUAUCAUUAGACAUGCCUAAAUGAUUCCAUUCAGUCAAUUGGACAAUUAAUGUCAUAGUCCAUCAAAAACAAAUACAAUUGAUAUAUAUCAACAUCAAGAACAUAUAUAAAUUCAUUCAUUUUUCAAAAACGAAGUCGGUAAGGUACCCUUUUUUGGCAGCAGGCGAUUUGUAAUAAAACAUUGAAUACAUGUAUUUAAAAAAAAUCGAAAAUUAAACGAGCAGUUUUUUCCAAAAAUAAAUAAAGGCGCACUUUUUUCAGCGAAACACGACGCCGUUUUUUCCGCGAAAAAUGAUGUUAUAGACGAAUUUAGAAUAAAUAACGUAAAACAAGAGAACGAAAAAUAGAUGUGCGUAAACGUUUCCACAAGACGCACUUGAUGUUGAAAUUUCAUAGCGGUAAACGAAGAAUUGAUGAAAAUAUCGGUUAUUGUAGCUGGAACGCAAAAUAUAUGAGAGACGUCUCAAAAUUGACGUCAGUGACAUAUUUUGAAGACUCGUAGAUUCGAAACUGUUCCGAUUAUUGAAAAUAUAAAAAACAGUCCCUAACUGGGCAUAUGCUCUUCUAUUCGUAUAACAAUUUUCAGACAAUAACUCGAAAAAAAAAUCAUAGUCGCGUUCCACCUUAAGUAGCCAUAAAUAAAAUUUGAGAUCUGUUUCAGUAAAACUAUGUGCUUGUGUACUCAUGUAUCUUGUGUAAUUGCACCAACCUAUUGUGUAAAUACUAUGUUGUUGUUUUUUUAUUUCACCAAUAUCGUGUGUACAUACUCUGUCUCGUUUAAUAGUACCAAUUUUGUGCACAAUGCUCUGUCGUGUUAGAUUUAACCAACUUAAUGUGUAAAUGUUGUGGAUUGUUUGAAUACGUCAACUCAGUGUGCAACUACUCUGUCUUGUUUGAUAGGACCAGCUUUUUUCGUAAACAAUCUGUAUUGUUUGAUUGCAUCGCCAUAUUCUAUAAAUACUAUGUCUUGUUUGAUAGGACCAGCUUUGUGCAUAAAUUCUCUGUCUUGUUACAUAGGACUAUCUUUGUGAAUAAAUACUUUGUCUUGUUAGAUAGAACCAGCUUUGUGCAUCAAUACUCUGUGUUGUUUAAUUGCACCACCAUAUUCUUCUAAUACAAUGUCUUGUUAGAUAGGACCAGCUUUGUGCAUCAAUACUCUGUGUUGUUAGAUUGGACCACCAUAUUCUUCUAAUACAAUGUCUUGUUACAUAGGACCAGCUUUGUGCAUAAAUACUCUGUCUUGUUUGAAUGCCCAAACAUAAUGUAAACAUUGCCUAAUAGCACCAAUUUUGUGCGUAAAUCGAGUGUGCAUUUUUUUUUUCGCGUAAAUACUCCGUCUUGCUUAAUUGCUUAAACAUGUUGUGUAAAUUCUCUGUCUUUUGUGACAAGACCAACAUUAAAUGUGUAAACUAGAAAAGGAUACGGUGUAUUAAACAAGCAUGCCCUUUUUGCAUGUAACCAUAAUAUGUUUAUUGCCAAUAAAUACAUUUAGAAUACAUUAUAAGAGGUAGUUUUGUACGAGAAAGACGUAUAUCUAUACUCAACUUUACUAAUUAGAUGAUAUUGAUAUUGUUCCGAUUAAGUGCCUUCUACAAAACAUGAGUGAACUCAUCUCUAUGGCGUCAAUAACUAGCGUUAUGAAUAAAUGUCAUUUAGAAAUUGUAGGAUACUACUCGUACGGACUAGGCGCAUACACGAAAUGCUGAAAAAUGAUAUGUAUUUCAGUGAACUGAGUCUUACGUAUGCUUAUUUUGCAUGUACUUGUAUGGUUUAUAUGUG